AUGAGUGAAGAGCUGCUUGUGUUUCUCUCAGGAGUGACCGGGCAGGAUGCAGAGCUGCAGGUGAUCCAGCCUGACAAGUUCGUGUCCAUAGCUGCGGGAGAGACGGCCACUCUGCGCUGCUUGGUGACCUCCCUGCGUCCUGUGGGCCCUGUCAAGUGGUUUCAGGAGAGAUUGGGUGGCUGGGAAGAGAUCUACAACUACGGAGGAAAAGGCCACUACCCCCGAGUGACCAAUGCUUCGGAUUCCACCAAGAGAGACAAUGUGGACUUUUCCAUCCGCAUCCAUGACAUCAGUCCGGCUGACAUGGGCACCUACUACUGUGUGAAGUUCCGGAAGGGGAUCACCAAAGAUGUGGAGUUCAAGUCUGGGCCAGGCACCCAGAUCACUGUAAAUGAUGAGCAGCAGUGCUGUCAUGCCAAAACUGUAGAUGUCUCAGCGUUUGGAAUCCUCAGUUUCCUCAUCAGUGAAGUGGUGGCUUUAGUUCAGAUUUCUCCAUCACAUCACAUUGUGGAGGUUCAUGGGGGCAACAUAAGAUUCACACAAUGUGCUGAACUCAUCAUGCUGAACUUCACCACUCAGUCACUGGUGAAGGUUGCUGACAGAGAGUUGGGGAAACCUACAGACUAA